UUGGAUAUGCCGGUGGGAACGUAUGAGUUCAGUGUGCGCUGCCGCUCCACCAGCAACAAACACUGGAGUGCAUGGAGCGAGUCCGUCAUCGUCACCAUCAACGGCAGAGCUCUGUCCGAUCGGAUGUUGGCCUUGAUCCUUGUGACCAGCAUCGCCAUCAUGAUCGUCCUCUUCAUCAGUUUGGGGAACAUCCCACGAGGCAAGAGCAGGAUUAAAUCGCUCCUCCUGCCAGCGAUUCCCAAACCGCGCAUCCCAGGGCUUGAACCCGCUCUGCUGAAGAAGGGGAAGAUUGACGAGCUCAAUCAGCAUUUCUGCAGUUUUCACGGCUAUAAGUCGCUGCAGUACUGCACGGAUACGUGGUACCAGGUGAGCGUGGACACUAAUCCGGCUGUGACGCCUGACGGUAUACAGGAGGAUGCACCGAUCGGGCCAAUCACGCAGUACGUCACCUGCCCUGACGGACAACAGUCUGUUCAGAUCAGCUGCACUCCUGCGCCGUACUGUCGUGGCCCCGCCCCCUAUUGUGAGGAAGACACGCCCCCUCCAUACCCUGGCCCCACCCAUCCGGAGCUCGCCUCUAUCCCAGGCAUGGACUACAGCAUGAUUCUAAGCCCCGCCCCUGCGGCACCGCCCACUCAGGACUUCUACACAUGUGUGAGCAGCGUGAUGCCCGCCAGCGCGCAGCAUCUGGUACCCUACGUGCAGCUCAACGAGGGAGCGGAUGACGAAGCAGACAAGAGCAGCCAGCUGGCAGCGCUGCUGGAGAAGCAGAUGGAGGCGCUGUUGAGCACGAUCGAGUCGGACCCGAGCGAAGCUGGCAUGCCUUCACUACCUCAUUCAUCAGACAGGAGCUGCAGAAGCAUCUAACACACACACACACACACACACACACACACAGAAUAACACAGUCCAUGAGUCACGCAGUCUGUGCUGGUUUGUCUUGAUGGGAAACGUGCCUGGAGUUUCAGUUCAAGCUGAGCGCAUUCGCAUGCAGAAUGCCUGAUUCACAGCGCAAGUGUCAGCAGCGCAUCAUUUUUCACUGCGCAUGUUAAGAAACGAGGUUGUUCACAUUGAAGCGUGAGCAUUGCAUUAGCAGCAGUGGUGUUUUAAUGCCAAGUCUAG